AUGGCCCGCCUGCUGGGCACCCUGCGCAGCUCCCAGCCCGUGGCGCGCUUCCAGCGCUCCUGUGGGCUCUUCCCCGCCGCCGAGGAGGGCGGCGGCAGCGGCGAGCCCGCGGAGGGGCCCCGGGACGGCGGCGUGUGCAAUGGAGCGGCCGCGCUGCGCCGCCCGGCCGGCGCUGCCCCCGGCGGGGUGCGGAGCGGCCGCGGCCCGCAGGGUUGCACACAGAAGUAUAUUGUGAAGAACUACUUCUACUACUACUUGUUCAAGUUUUCAGCUGCUUUGGGUGAAGAGAUUUUUUAUAUCACUUUCCUUCCAUUUACCUACUGGAAUAUAGAUCACUCUGUGUCUAGAAGAAUGAUAAUUGUUUGGUCUAUAGUGAUGUACAUAGGCCAGGUCUCCAAGGACAUCCUGAAGUGGCCUCGGCCCCUGUCACCACCUGUGGUGAAGCUGGAGAUGAGGACAAAUGCAGAGUAUGGGAUGCCAUCCACCCACGCCAUGGCAGCUACAGCCAUCUCCUUCUCCUUCUUCAUUGCUACCAUGAACCAGUACAAGUAUCCAUUCGAGCUCGGCCUCGCAGCAGCGUUUGUGUUCUCGACGUUGGUGUGCCUGAGCAGGCUCUACACAGGGAUGCACACAGUCCUGGAUGUGAUUGGAGGAGCACUGAUUUCGGCCGUGCUGCUCGUGCUCUUGUAUCCUGCGUGGGACACAAUAGAUCACUUGCUGUUGACCAGCCCCUUCUGCCCAUUGGUUUCCAUAGUUGUGCCUCUUGUCUUAUGCUACAACUACCCCAAACUAGACUAUUACAGCCCUACCAGGGGAGACACCACUACCAUCUUAGGAGCAGCAGCUGGAGCAACUGUGGGAUUUUGGUUAAACAACCAGUGUGCUGCUUCAGCCCACCCUGGCACGAGUGCUCAGCGUGGGCUUCCUCUGGCCAGCAGUGCAGUGGUGUUGGUGCUGGCCAGGUUCUGCACAGGGAUCGUGGUUGUGCUGCUGACCCGCUGGCUGGCGAAGAGCGCGGUGCUGGGCGUGCUGGGCUAUCGCUACCGGUUCCCCGUGGGUGACCUGCAGGCCCGGAGACGCCUGGAGGUUGAGGUGCCCUACAAGUUUGUGACGUACUCCUGCGUUGGCUUCACGGCCACCGUGCUCGUGCCGCUGCUGCACCAGCUGCUGGGGCUGAUGUGAGCCCAGCUGCUCCCCACUGAGCCCCCUGCGGCCACCGCUGCGGGGACGGGACACUCCAGGCUGCUGACUCGACCAAAAAGUGUUUUUGUGCCUUUCUGCACUGGUGUGGUGGGUUUGGCUCUGGCUGCGUGCCAGGGGCUCACCAAAGCUGCUCUGUCACUCCUCUCUCUCCAGGGAGAGAAUAUAAUGAGAGGAUCAUGGCUCAAGACAUGGGCAGGGAGAGAUCACUCAGCAGUUUUACUGUCACAGGCAAAACACACUCGACUUGGGGAAAUAAGUUUAAUUUAUUACCAAACUAAUCAGAGUAGAAUAAUAAGAAAUAAAACCAAACAUUUACAACCACCUUUCACCUACCCCUCCCUUCUUUCUAGGCUCAAUUUCCUUCUUGAAGUCUCUAGCUCCUCCUACCACAAUCACUGUGGGAUGGGAAUGGAGGCUACAGUGAGUUCAUCACAUGUUGCUGCUGCUGCUCCUUCCUCCUCAGGGGCAGACCCCUCACACUCCUCCCCUGCUCCAGCAUGGGGUCCUUCCCACAGAAGACAGCUCUCCAAAAACAUCUCCAAUGUGAAUUUUUCCAUGGGCUGCACCUCAUCCAGCAUGGGUCCCCUGAGGGAUCAAAAGUCCGGCCAGGAGCCUGUUUCAGUGGUGGUCUUUAAACCUGUCUUAGGGCAUCACCCUGCUUCAGUGGGGGUCCUCCACUGAUUGCAGGUGGAUCUCUGCUCCCCAUGGACCUCCAUGGGCUGCAGGGGAGUCUCUGCUCUGGCACCCAGAGCACCUCUUCCUCUUCCUUCUGUGAUCUUGAUAUCUGCAGAGUUGUUCAUCUCCCAUAUCUUCAUUUCUCUGUCUGCUUGCAGUUGUGCAGGUUUUUCCUCCCUUCUUAACUCUGUCCAGCGGUGCUGCUGCUGUCCCUGAUGGGCUCAGCCUUGGCCAGCAGUGGAUCUGUCUGGAAGCCAGCUGGCAUUGGUUCUGUUGGACACAGGGGAAGCUUCUGGCACCUUCUGGUAGAAGUGACCCUUAUAGCCACCAUCACCACCAUGCCCUUGCCACACGAACACAAAGCAACUGGCCUAAAAAAUCUGACUUGGAGGAGUCAUGGGAAUUGCUGUGCACAGAUAACUUUGGGUUAGAAAUCACUGACCCCACUGUCCCAUAAUUAGAUUCACUUUCCCCAGGCAGCUAAAUGUGACAAGCACACAGCCAGAAUCCCUGCCAGAGCAGGCUGUGGGGUCGGGGUUGCUGGGGAGCAGGGCUGUGCCUCUGCCUGCCUGGCUGUGGGGCUGCUCCUGAAGCAGUAGAGCAAGCUAAGGCUCAGGUUUGGGGCAUCAGGGAAAAAGUGGCUGGUAGGGUGGGGGGAGAUUUGACCAGCCAAACACCAAAAUGCCAUCAUUGGAUAGAGCUCAUAGUGUCUUCUGAUGGCACUGACAGACCGGGCUGGUUCUGUGUGGAAGAUUUUACUCAUUAUUAAAAUCUAAAAUAAAAAAAUAAAAAAAACAAGCCCAAAACAUAAAAGAGAAGGAAAAGCUAACACAAAAUGUUUAAUGUGAUUUGCAACAAAUUUCCUUGGAUAUUAAUAAGAAAGCCUCCACUAAAAGAUCCUUUGCCUACAAACAACUGAGCAGAGUUAUUAGCACAGCAAUGAGGCUUGAGUUCAAAUUGUUU